AUGGUCUUCAGGGCCAGCACAGCAAGUUUCACUUCGCUGCAGUCCUACGUGGAGCCUGAGCUGCUUCGAGGAGUGCCACUCCACAUAUGUUUGAGUGGCUGGGCUAAGCACUGGAAGCAGAAUGAGGAUGCCGCGUUUAGUAUUGCCGCUGCCAAUUAUGAUUUGGGAUGCCAGAUUGAAGAGUAUGACGUCUUUCUCAGCCAUGAUUGGGCUACGUCGCGCUGGCUCAAGCUCUUUUCACUGAUGAUCAUUUUCAACUCGAGAGCAGCCUUCGUGGGCAGCUUCACAGCCAGUGUGGCGUUGGGCCUCUUGCGAUCCUUCGAGAUCGUGCCCAACGACAUGUGGACCAUUGGCAUCGGGUACUUGGUCUAUUUGCUGUUCCUUUGCUUUUGGCAGCGUAUUCGAAGACUGAUCUGCUGCAGACCACUCAUGGUUUUUGUCGACAAGCUGUGCAUAGCACAGCACGACGAGCAGUUGAAGGAAAAGGGGAUCUUGGCCCUGGCGGGCUUUCUGGACCAUUCCAGAAAGCUCACGGUGCUGUGGUCCACUCGCUACUUUCAGAGGCUUUGGUGUGCUUAUGAGUUGGCAGCUUUCUCUCGCGCAGAAGAAAAGCCGCUGCAGGUCAUGCCUGUAAAGAUGUCUUUGAUCUUGGGCCUUAUGUCAGUUGGUUGUCACAUUGUUUGCCUCCUCUUCUAUGGCUUCGCAUGGUCGGACUUGAGCAUCACCGCCUUCAGCCGGCGCCUAGUGGCCAGUGGUGUGAUGAUGGUGGCUCUUUGUACCGUGAUGCCGGUCGUGUGCUACAUCGGAAUUCAGCUCAUGGAUGAUCUCACACAAUUGCCGGAACAGCUCAAGACCUUUCGUAUUCAAGAGGCCAAAUGUUUUUGCUGCUCAUCGAAUCAUGUGCAUCCACUAACUGGAAGGAAGCUCAUUUGCGACCGGAAGCUGGUGUUUCACACCUUGAAGAAGUGGUUUGGUCACCGGAGAGACAACUACGAGGGAAGCCAUUUAGAUUUGUUCAACCAGAUGAUUCAGGAAGAGCUCAGUCAAACGAUCCUGCAGACGGUGGGAUCGGACACUUGUCCCCUGAGCUACUGCAUCUACAUGGUGAGUGCCGGAAACCUUCCCUUCAUGGCUCAGUACAUCCCUCGUGUAGCGGAUGAAUUGCGUAUGGAUACAUCGCCGCUGAACCACUGUGUGGUUGCUGCGCGCCAGUUUAUGGCUUGGGCGAUCAUGUCGCUCUUGAGCUUGUGUGCGGUCCGCAUCAGCAUGCUUUUUUUGGCGGGUGGGUUUGCACUGGAGCAAAACCUCUUGGUUAAAGUCCAGGGGGCUGAUCUCAGUGCUGAUCUCGCUGUUGAUCGUUUUGACCUUAUCACUGUUGUGGUUUCCAUUCCAAGUGGUCUACGCCUUAACCUCGCGUUACAGUAG